UUUGAGGAUUAUUUAGAAGAUAUUUAUAAACAUCGGUUAGCAUUAGAAAGAAAAUUCCACCCACAAAAAUGUUUGACCAAACAGACAGAGAUUACUGCAGGAAUGAGAGGUGUAUUAAUCAACUGGAUAAACAAAGUUCAUCGUCAACUCGCUUUAAAUCAAGAUACUUUAUUUUUAACUGUAAAUAUUAUAGACAGAAUACUCGCCUUUAAACGCAUUCCGGCUGAUGGUUUGCAGUUGUUAGGGUUAACUUGUUUAUUGCUCGCUUCUAAACAGGAAGAAGUAACACCACCUGAAAUCCAAGAAUUAUUUGAAGUAUCUAAUACUACCUUCAACAGAGAAGAGUUGAAAACAUUAGAGAGACAUAUUUUAAUGGCGAUAGGUUUUGAUCUAUUUAUCCCAACAUCUCAGUACUUCCUAGAACACUUCGCUACUAUCUGUCUGUCAAAAACCUCGGGCUUUGAAAACGAUAAAUUAAGAGAAGCUAGGGCAUUAAGUAGAUGUAUGUUAGAGUUGUCUUUACAAGAUUAUGAUUUAUGCCAAUUUCGACCAUCUUUAAUGGCAUUGUGU